AGAAGAAGCCUUUAUGGCAGUGGUGACACUAUUCAGGAUCAUUUAUUAUCCAUAUGUUGCUCGCGUCAGAGCCAAGCCUCGCUUCAAAUCUCCCGUCACUAGCGGUCGGAAAUAUUGACAACAAUACAUUGAUGUUGCGAUGUCGACAAGUACAUCAGAGAAUGCAGGUCGGGACUGCAAGUGAAGUCACGUGACUUUGUGUGAGCGUGCAAGACUAAAGUGCAAGUCUAAAGUGCAAGUAGUUACUGCAGCUAAUUCUUUGUAAUUUCUGAUGACAUUUCGACAUUUUUGAAGACACAGAUAUCGCAAAUAUGUAAUGGAAACCAGCCUGACACUGAAAUACUUUGGUAACUACUUCACAACAACAUGAAGAAGAUCGUUUUACUCUCCAUCUUCUUCUCGCUAUUUAUUGGCGGUGUUGUGACAGGUGAAUCAGUGUUAGUGUAUGAGGGAGAUUCUGUUACUUUACACACAAAUACUAACACACAGAGAGAUCAUCUGAUCGAGUGGAGGUUUGGAGACCAUUGGGAUCUUAUAGCUAGAAUCAACGGGGACGCCAAUUUACUAAAAAUAUAUGAUGAUGUUCUUGAUGGGAGAUUCAGUAGCAGACUGAAGAUGAACAAUCAGACUGGAGAUCUCACCAUCACAAACAUCACAACACAACACACUGGACUUUAUAAACUAGAGAUCACCAACAAGGCGACUACAACAAAGACAUUCAUCUUUAAUGUGUCUGGUGAUACAGAUAAAGUGAAGACGGUGAUGAUGGGAGAUUCUAUCAUUCUACAUAAUAAUGUUAUCAAGAAACAAGGAGAUGAGAAGAUGAUGUGGAGGAUUCGACACAACAACUCUCCUGUAGCUGAAAUAGAAGUCUCACAUGCUGAUGUUCAUCAGAGAUUCAGAGACAGACUGUAUGUAAAUGUUCAGACUGGAAAUCUCCUCAUCACAAACAUCAGACCUGAAGACUUUGGAUCUUAUGAAGUAGAUGUCACUGUCGGCAGUCACAUAUAUACUAUACACAGAUCAUUCAAAGUCAAAGAUCAGUCUCCUGGUUCAAGAUCAAGAUUAGUUACAACAGCAAUGUGUGUUGUUGUGCUGCUGCUGCUUGCUGUCGCUCUUGCUGUCGCUGUCAUUUUUUACAAACGUCGUUCUAGGACUACUGGAAAUGAGAACAGAAACAAUGAGGAAGACCAGAUGAAUGAGGAACCUCUUGUUGGUGGUGGUGCUGCUGCUGCUGCUGCUGCUGAUGGUGCUUCUGCUGCUGCUGCUGCUGAUGAUGAUGAUGGUGGUGCUGCUGCUGCUGAUGAUGAUGGUGGUGCUGCUGCUGCUGAUGAAGGUGGUGCUGAUGGCGCUGCUGCUGAUGAUGCUUCCAAAAGAGAAAAUCCAGAGAAGAAGAGAGGAGGAGAUUCGGUGGAGAUAGAGAUGUCGAGUUUGUCUAAAAGCAGUCAUGGCAAAACUACAGAAUCAUCAGCCUCUUUCACACACUAAUUUUGGUAAAUUACCAUGAAUUUACCAGAAUGACUUUACUAGUAAAUACAAAAAUGUGCUGUUCACACAAGCCGUGACUUUCAUCUUUUUUACCAGCAAGACAUCAUUCACACAUCAGUACCAAAACACUGAUAAACUCUGUGAGAGCUGGAAAUGUUCACGGCUUUUCCUUUUGUCCAUGGGAUUGCAUGGACAAAAUAAUUUUUUUUACUUUUUUCAAGCAGUGUGUAAUAUCACUGCUCCGGAGCAGGUUAUCCUCCUCAGAGAGUCAGUUGCUAUGGUUACUCGCAUAAUCCAAAAGUUACCUCCGUUUUUGGAACAGCUUGGCGCUUGUGGCUUCUAGGGGUGCUAGACAUGAAAAAUACAUGUCUAGUGCACCCUAGUGGCCAAAAAGUUCUGCAGUGUGCCUUUAAAUCAUAGCUAACGUGUAUCAUAAACGACACUGAGCUACGGUGUUAUGUAAAAUGUGUACUAUAUAAUGUAAACAACGUUUGAUUCGCAGUGAGACAGCGACCUAUCGGUGUGAAGCUGCAUUCCAAGCAUUGAAUGUUGUAACGAACCGCAGCAACUUGACUACUGAACAUUUACGUCAGUGUCUCCGUCUCCGUCAUCACAUUUUUUUUGCCGCGAUUUAGGCAUCUGAUGAAAGACAAAAGGUGCCAUUUCUCUCAUUAGGCAUCUCUGUAUUUUGCACUUUGUUACUUUUGGCAUACUUCUUGUGUUUCACUUGUUGUUAUGAAUCUACUUGAAAUGCAAAAUACGCUUUGGUACAAUUUGAAUUUACUUUAUUUGUGAUUUACAUAAAUGAUCAACUAACCAGUUGUUUCGGAUCUAUGAAAAUGAUGAGAAUUCAGAUGUGGACCUUUAAAUGUAAACUUUGAGAACCCCUUUCAUAGAAGGUAUGUAACUUUAUUUAGUGCCAAAAUUAUACAACCCUAGAAUUUGUGUUUAGAUUGAAAUGGUCUAUUAUUGCCUUAUUUGGAAGGGUCAUGAAUAAUAAUGUCGAGCUCUGCUCUGAUUGGCUGUUUCUCAGAGCAGCUCCUUCAGUAGCUCUCUUUGUGUGUAAACAGAUCUUAUGUUUGAGUCUGUAGCAGAUUUUGAGGAACAAUCAGUUGUUUGGAGAUUGUUAAUGGACGUUUCUAAUGGGUAAGUUUGUGUUUGUGCAAAACAUAAGUGUAACAUCAAUAGUAGAACUUCAGCCUAAAUGUUAGCAUAUAGCAUUAACUAGCAUAUAGCAUUAACUAGCAUAUAGCACUAAUUCAGCAGUCACAACUUAGUUUUUAGCAUUGUAACAUCAUUGUAAUUAAUUUAAUGUUGGGGUGGACGUCUCGACUGUAAUGUUACACUCAGUGUUAUGUUGAGAUUGGUUUGCUUUCUGUUUUUGCGUGCACAAAGUUUACAUAAAAAUGAGGAAACAAACACGUUUGAGGCUUACAAUAUGUCAUUAGCUUUUACAGAACUCUAAUCAGGGCUCAUAUGGUCCUGGAAAAGUUAUGUUAUAUAAAAAACUAACUUUUUAGGUCUGAUAAAGUGCUGAAAUGAAUUAACCCAGAAAGUUUAGGAAAAGUCAUGAAAUUUUUCCAAAGAAUGCAUGUAAAAUAUAAAAUAUGUUAAUUUUAAUCAGGCAAUCUUGCGAUCAGAUAAGUCGAGUGAAUGCUUGUGGAGAUGAGUAGGAACAGUUGGCUUGCAUGAUUGUUUUUAGCAUCAAAAACCAGAAGAAGAAUAGCAGAGCAAUCAUUGUGGUCAGCGGCCCUAUAGGCUUUGUAUUGGCAAAAUUUGGCUUGUGAUGAAAGCUAAUUAACGUCGAGUGGCGUUUUCUUAUCUGUGCCGUCUAAAAUACAAGAUGUGAAAUGUUACUGAAGAUAGUUUGUCUUGGUCACUGUAACCUAUUUAAGGUAAUGUCAAUGUCAGUGUCAAUGGAUAUUUGAUGCUCCAUUUUUUUUUAUUGUAUGUAAACCUACUUACUGGUAAUAAUCUAACUGGUUCAGUGUUACUUAAAUAAACUUUUUUUUGUAAAACAAAUCAAAUGGCAUGUUGUCACAGGUUGGGGCGGACCACAGAUUGUAGCAAGCCACGCCCCUUCCUAGUUUCCACCUCGAGGAGGUCCCAAAGCCACCCUAAUGACCAGACACACAGAGUAUAAGUAUAAUUAAAAUGAAACUUUAUUAAAUUAUUUAAAAUGCUAUGGGGAAGAGGAAGGGGGAAGUUAAAAUAACUUUCUCCUGGCCUCCAGGCAGAGCUUCCACGGGGAUGAGGGGACAGGACUCCUUCGGCUUGGUUACUUGAACCCGUGGCGCUCUCCUUUUCUCCUGGAUGCAGAAUCACAAGAGAAACAGUCAGUGCAAGGGCUACCUGUCCUGAUUAAUGCAGAGGUCGACGGGGGUAUAGACCGUUUCAGCAGUAACAACAUAAACAAGCGGCUGUCACAGUCUGCAUGAACUUCCGGUAUUCUCCGCUAAGAAUAAAUAACAACAAAGUUCUUUAAACAUAGUUUAUUUAUAUAACAAGCAAAAAAAACAGCACAUAGAUUAACUAGGAAACCAAAACAUUUGUUAUUUUCGACGAGGCAUUUGUUUAAAAGAUCAGUUUAGCAACUAGUCAGACCAUUAAAAAAACGAAACCGGAAGUAAGGUUCGGAUCCAGACGUGUAUCACGUGCGUCCGAUGAAACAGUCUAUACCCCAAACUUCUAGUGUUCUCGGAGUGAUUAAUACUCUGCUCUCUCUCGCCCCUUAGGCUCUCGGUUGUGGGUCAGGAUGGAUUCUUUCCAGCAGACGGAGGUGGUUCGGGGUGGUAGGCUCCUUGGUGCAAGCACAGGCAAGUAAACAAAGGUAAGGAUUACAGAAGUGACUGGGGCUUUAACCUUUCCUCCUCAGGUUCGUGCUGUAAGCAGAGGUAAGAAGGACGACGGUGACUGGGCUUUAACUUUUCCUCCUCAGGUUCGUGCUGUAAGCAGAGGUAAGUGUGACAACGGUGACUGGGACUUUAACUUCUCGCUCGACGCACUGGUCUUUCCACACAACCUUCACUCUGGGGCAGUGGACUUACAGGGUGGUGUUCGAACACAGGGUGUUUUCAACUUACAGGUCUCCUGUGUGUCGAGGGGACGUCGGGUAUGGAUGUGCAGAGCCGAACGCUUCCCUUGCUCCUCCUCCACUGACGGUUCCGGAGAUGCUGAGCAGGGGCGAACCUUUGAAGAGGCUACACACAAGGAUGGUGAUUGUAUGCAGACGUGAUACCAGUAACCCUUCGUCCAACAACAAUAAUUACGAGAUGGUUCACUCACCCUGGUAGAUGGGUACACUUCACCACUGCCCUCUCUCAGAGCCAAAAAGGAUCCGUCAACUCUUAUACAGGAAAUCCUAAUUGCAAAUUCCUUCAACCCACCCUCCACCAGCCUCAACGUGCUGGGAUCUCCUCACGACUCCUCUGGCCUCGCAGUGGCUCCUGUCAACAUAAUCACAGCACUACACUGCAAGCUUUAGGUGUACACAUGCACAAUGAAGACAAGGACUCACCCACGACACUCCCACGCACUUUAAGUGAACUAAGGACUGAACCAAAACUCGACCCGGGCCCGCCGUGUGGUUGGGUGGGCGUUAUUCUUGGUGGAGGGGGGAAGGUGCCUAAAGGAUGGACGCCGGACCUCCUGUGUUUACCCCUAAUCGUACUCCUCGGCUCACCCACGCUUCUCUCCACAGUGGGGCCGCAACUCGGCGUGCUAGACUCACAACACAACGUCAGGUAAUAUACUUUCUGCUCCACACUACGUCAUACAAUCGAUGAUGUUACUCGCGUGCAAUUUGCAAUACUUCACAACACUAUCUCCUUCCAGUGCUACUCCCCGGCUCGCCCAAGCUUCUCUCCACGGUGGGGCCGAACGCUGAUUGUCAAACUCACAACAUACAUCAGGUAAUGCACUCUUCUUAUUACUUCAUAAUAAACGCGACUUGUAACUCACAUUCCCUGAUGACGCUCUGCUGUUCUUGUUCCUGUUCACCGCUGUAGAUCGUCCUUGACGACGGCUCCGGUGAGUACUCUCCAAGGUUACUGUUCCCACGAGGGCAUAACAUGAAAGCACAUCCGCAUCACAAUAGUAAUCGUUCUUCACUUACUCAGCCCAGUGACUCAUAUCCUCGAUGUUUUUUUCUCCCAGUAAAUACAACCUCUGUUUCUUCUUAUAAAGGCUUCGCCCAGGCCUCCGUUCUUUCCACACCGGAUCGGUUUCCAUGACCACACACCGCCCAACAAACGUAGAGACAAGCACCCCGUUUGUAUUUCUAGAGCUCUUCUUAUACUCCUUCUCUUCUCCUCCUUAGCCAAUCCCUAACCACUUUGUUUAUUGUACGCACCUGCAUCUAAUCUGGACCGAUUUGCCUCUCGGAAAAACUACCGGAAGUUCCGGUGUUUGUGGUAAGUCGUCCGGGCGGAAACCAUCUUCGGCGGAAACAACCUUCUCGAAUUUUAGUUCCGCCCACGAAAAAGUCACACUGUGACACACUUACCCCUGGAGGCAUCCCCAAAGUGUCACCACAGUGACGCAGCGCGAGUUCCCUCGAAAGGUAACUGUAACAAUGUAUCUUAAAAGGUAACACAAUGUAACCUUGCUCUCACUUAAAAUGUGUCUCCACAUUUAGUCUUUGCAUUUGAGGGUAUUGGACCUGGAAAGUCCUUGAAAGGUCCUUUAUUUUGAAGUGAACUAAGGUGUGAGAACCCUAGCUUAGAUUAAAGCAGAUAAAGUGACUUUUUUUGUUGAGCAUUGAACACAGAAACAAUUGUGAAAUGCAAACCGGUUUAUUAAACUAACGUUACCCCAGCUAACAGAAAAAAGUUCUAAGAACGUUCCCUGAAAGUUUUUAACUUUCCCAAAAACGUUCUGCCAACGUUAAAAGUGUUUUCUUGACGUUCUAAGAACGUUUUUGUGUUGUCUCAACGUUAGAGGAAUGUUACAUUUGACCAUUUUUAAACGUUAU